AUGGAGCAAAAUCACCCAAGCGCUCAGGCCGACAAUCCGGACUCUUGCAUCAUUGCCAGUACCAAUCAGAAGAACCAGAGGGCCGCUGACGGGAGACUUCCACUGGAAAACUCUUCGUCCAUCGUAAGCCCAACGUCUCAGCCCCCCACACAGGCUUUCGAGAUGGAUCCGAGCGAGAUGUACAGCCCUAUGAAUGCCUCGAGUCUCGCAGGAGUGUCCUAUUCGAAUCUUGGAAGCAUGGCUACUCUUCCUAGUGGCAUGGAGCGUGAUGACCCCAGCUUUGUCUUUCCGCAGGUAGCCAGCGCACCAGGCUUGCAACUUGGCAUAUCCACACCCGGUCCUGAGAGCCACCCCAAUGAUUCGGACGGCGAUAUCACCAACCUGCUGGCAGCUCGAAUGGGUUCACUCCAGAUCGCGGAGGAUGGCCAGCUGCGGUACUACGGCCCCACCUCAAACCUACAUGUUCACCACAGCGGCUUCCAGUCUCUGUCGAGAUCUCACAUCCGUCACGUGGCGACAGAAGGCAGUGAAGUCCUCAAGCGUCACGGGCUAGACCAAGAUGUUCCACCAGAGCUUGAACUCUACCUUGCCAAACUUUACUUCACCUGGGAGGACCCCGCAAUCCACGUUGUUGACGAGGAAACCUUUUUCACGGAGAAGCGGAAGUGGAUGACUGAGAAGAUAGCUAGCUGCUACUACUCUGAGACACUAAAUAACGCCAUAUGUGCCAUCGGAGCAAAUCUUGCUGCGGGCGAGGACUUCGCAGGGGUUGGUAUUGAUCCGGAAUUUUUCUCCUCUCGGGCAAAAGCACUCCUCGACAUAGAGAUGGACAGUCCCAACGUGGCCACAGUCCAGGCGCUCGUGAUCAUGAGCGCGUCCGAAGCCGCAUUCACGCGCGAUGCUCGAGGUUGGCUGUACAGUGGCAUGGCAGUAAGGCUCAGUGCGGACUUGGGGCUUCACAUGGAUGUCACGAAGCAUCGGGAGAGCGGCCUCCUCUCACAGCAUGACGUUGAGAUGAGGAGUAUAGCCUUCUGGGGGGUCUUUAUCCACGAUAAUAUGUGGAGUCUCUACCUUGGGCGGCCUUGGGGCAUUGGCAUGAGGGACAUAACGGUAUCACGACCGCCGACGCAUCUCGAUGAGUCUAUCGGCAGAAGCUGGAGUGCAUUUCCCGCCAUUGGGAACGACAUGCCGAAGCAGGAGAUAUUUUUCCCCCUUGAGUCUUGCACAGACGCCAAUAUCAUUCUCUGUGAAUUCAUGCGGCGGAUCAAUACGACUCUGUACUCCGGUUGCACAGUUGCCAUCGAUACUCUUUUAAAAUUCCUCAUCAAGACAAAGCAUGAACUCAUGAACUGGCUGGAAAACAUCCCAGCACGCUUGAGGAUAGAUGUCAACGAUGCCGAGGCUACAUAUAUCCCUGCAAUUCUCCAACUUCAUAUGCAAUUUUACGCCACCUUGAUAUCACUCUACCGCCCGUAUUUAUCAAGCCAGAUCUUUCGAUACUGUCAAGCCGCAAGCUCCCUUGAUGAUCGGGUCGUAAUCAGUGGGGUCAUGACUGAUUGCAUCGCAGCAGCAAAUCACCUGAGUGAGAUAUUGAAGUGUUAUCAAAAGCUUUAUCCACUUCGGCGCACAAAUAUACAGAUUGUGCACAUCAUUUUCACAGGGUGUCUUGUCUUUGUCUAUGACAUAUGCACUAGGAGUGGACUCGAGUCACAAUCUUCACUUCGCAAUCUACGAUUUUGUUGUCAUGCUUUGGGAGACAUCGGUCAAAUUUAUGGUAAUGCUACAAGGGCAUUAGAGGUCAUUAUACUCAUUAAGGCCAAGUGGCAACAAUUGGCAAGAGCACGGCCAGUUGGGGGUUUGAGUAUGAAGCGUCCCAGCUUCAGCAUAUCCGCUGAUGGUCAACAAGAACGUGGCCAGGGCCAGGAAGGUGACCGUGCGAAACGCCACCACGGAUACGCGGAUAGAGUAACAGAUGCGAUUGAGUCAUCUGUAUUCACAUUGCCGCCAGCUCCCAGCAGUUUCCAAUCCAACCAGCAUCAUCUUCCUAGGGGUAAUAUCAAUAUCGAGCCUCCCGGCGUGGAAAGUAAUUUCUAUGACGCCUGGCAAUUACUCGACUCCACAGAAUACAACAUAGCCGAUAUGAACCCUUCCAUAGGUGGACUAGAUGAGCAAACUUUGCAGGACGCGUUCGCCUCCCUCAGGCAAGAUAUGGAUCAUAGGAGUCUAGGAUUGUAUACAGGGGCAUCAGGUAAGGAGGCCUCGUUGCCAUCGGAUUUCCAGCACACCCGCAGCGCCGAUUAA